AGUAUAUUACGUGUUUCCUUCACUCUAACUUAAAACUAUGUCUGGUCGCGGUAAAGGUGGCAAAGUAAAGGGAAAGUCAAAGACUCGUUCAAGUCGUGCUGGUCUCCAGUUCCCAGUGGGUCGUAUUCAUCGUAUGUUGCGCAAAGGCAACUACGCAGAACGUGUUGGAGCUGGUGCUCCAGUGUACUUGGCAGCUGUCAUGGAAUACCUUGCUGCUGAAGUACUCGAGUUAGCAGGUAACGCUGCUCGUGACAACAAGAAGACUCGUAUCAUCCCACGUCAUCUCCAGCUGGCCAUCCGUAACGAUGAAGAGUUGAACAAACUUCUUUCUGGAGUUACUAUUGCUCAAGGUGGAGUUCUGCCCAACAUCCAAGCUGUCUUAUUGCCCAAGAAGACCGAAAAAAGCAGUUCCUAAAUUACUAAUCCACUUUCCUAAUAAACAAAACGGCCCUUUUCAGGGCCACCAAAUUUUUCAAAACGUUAAAAACUUUCUCGUUCACAAAUUAGGUGUUCAGUUUCAAAGAUAGAUAAUCAUAAUUUCGAUAGUAUAAAAAGAAAUUAGUCUGUAAUGAGCAAUCAUUUUUUUUUCAAUAGAGUAGCUGAAGUUUUUUGAUCAGAACUUUUUUACGCGCGUUUGGGAUGGGAACCUAACACAGAAAAAGUGAAACUUCGUAAAAAAGUACAAUGGAAAUGAGCGAGAGAGAGGGCAUUUAUUGAGUAUGCAUAACUUUUUAUAAUUUGUGUUUAUUCAACAUAAACGAUAAAAUGUAAGUUAUUUAAUAACAAUAACAUAAUUAAUAUAUUAAUAAUAAUAUACUAUAUAACAUUAAAAUAUAAA